AUGGCCGACGAAUCCCUCAAGCCCAACGGCCAGAGCCGUCCGAGCAACGUCAAACACCACACAUCGCCGUCUCUCAUGAUGAACUCCCACUUUGCCGGUGUGGGCGAGAAUGCCGACAAAGGUGCCUACGAACAUGGCAUCCAGGUCAUUGACGAGGACAAGAUGUUCAACACAAACCUAUCCACAUAUCUCGGCAUUGAGAAGGUUAUCCCCUCGGGCUUCAACUACCACCUCAUAUCCGUCUUUGGCUCGCAGUCCACCGGAAAAUCAACCCUCCUCAAUUACCUCUUCGGUACCCAGUUCGGCGUCAUGUCCGAGCAGGAGCGUCGUCAGACCACAAAGGGAAUAUGGAUGAGCAAGAACAAGCGGGAGGAGGGUGGCUCCAACAUGGCGGAAAAUAUCCUGGUUAUGGAUGUCGAGGGUACCGACGGCAGAGAGCGAGGAGAGGACCAGGACUUUGAGCGCAAGAGCGCCCUCUUUGCGCUUGCCACGAGCGAGGUCCUCAUCGUCAACAUCUGGGAACACCAGGUCGGACUGUACCAGGGUGCCAACAUGGGCCUGCUCAAGACCGUCUUCGAAGUCAACUUGCAACUCUUCGUCAAAGACAGCAAGUCCACUCCCAGAUCCCUCCUGUUCUUCGUCAUUCGCGAUCACAUCGGCACGACACCCCUCAAGAAUCUACAAAACACCUUGGUACAAGACCUGUCCAAGUUGUGGUCGACCAUCUCAAAGCCCAACGGCCUGGAGAACUCGCGGAUAGAAGACUACUUCGACUUCGCCUUCGUCGCUCUACCACACAAGAUCCUACAACCGGAAAAGUUCGAGGAGGCAGUCACACAGCUUAGCACACGAUUCAAGGAGGGAUACAACGACCCCAGGAAGAGCGGGCUCAUCGACGAGUCGACUGCACCCAUCUUCCUGCCACAGUACCACAGACGGAUCCCCGCAGACGGUUUCUCCGCAUAUGCCGAGGGCGUAUGGGAUCAGAUUGUCAACAACAAGGACUUGGAUCUGCCCACGCAGCAAGAGCUGUUGGCUCAGUUCCGUUGUGACGAGAUCUCGCGUGAGGUCCUGGUUGCUUUCGACGAGAAGAUCACGCCACUAGAGGACAGGCAAGCCGAAGAUGCUCGGAUAGGGAAGCUUUCUGUUAUAGCCGACCUCGGCCCUGCCAUGAGCGCCGCACGAACCAAGGUCUUCAAAGAUUUCGAUACGAAUGCGAGCCGAUACCACAAAGGCGUCUACAAGCGGAAGCAGGCAGAACUUGAAGGCAAGGUAGAUUCACGGUUGAAGGCUCUGUUCCAGAAGCAACUCACAGCUGCUCACAAGUCUGGGGUGGAAUCGUUCAGCGAGGCCGUCAGUGCGGCGGUCAAGAGCGGUCAAAAGAAGGGUACCUAUGACUUUGCACAAAUUGUCGAUUCAGAGAAGAAGCAGGCACUUGCCAAGUUUGAAGAGGAUGCAAAAGCCAUGGCUAUCGAAGGUGCGGCCUGGAGCAGUCACGAAAACGAGUUGAAAAUCUACAAGAAGGAGCUCGACGACGUAUCUGGCCGUCUGCGCAAGGAGGAGAUGAGACGGUUGGCCACACGUAUCGAGCGCUGGGUACGAUCACGAUUGGAUGAGUCUGUCGGUCUUGAAUUCAACAAGCUCGGAUCCGGUCGAGGCGGUUCUGGCGCGCCCGAGCAUGGGGAGCGACCUCCGACAGAGAAAGAUCUGUGGGAUCGUGUCUGGACCAUCUUCACCGACACUGUUUCCAUGGCUGAAAAGCGAUUCACCGAUCGCGCAUCGAGCUUCGAUGCUAGUUCCGACGAAGUUGAGGUCGGUCUGUGGAGGUUACGGCGCAAGUCGUGGGCUGUGCUCCGCGCAAAGAUUGAUGAGGAAGUUAUGGAAGGUAACAUCCUGUUGAAGCUAAGAGAAAACUUCGAAGACAAGUUCCGCUACGACGAGCAUGGCGUCCCAAGAAUAUGGCGGCCCACAGACGAUAUAGAAGGCAUCUACACCAAAGCCCGAGAGUCGACAAUCACCGUCAUUCCACUACUCGCUCGUUUCAAGUUGGCCAAAACAUCGAGCCCUCCACCACUCGACGCCUGGAUCGGCGAAGCACCCGCCUCGGUAACGCCCGCAGAUGAAGACGACUUGACACCCAUCGGUGGUCUAGACGAUGAAGAGGGCAAGACCCUGGAAGAGGAGAUGACGAUUCUCUCCGACGCCAAGCAAGCCGACCUUCUUGUCCGCUUCAAGAAGACUGCAGAUGGUGUCUAUGUGGAAGCCAAGCGUAGCGCGAUUGGUGGUAUCACACAAGUUCCGUUGUACUUCUACGGCUUACUCCUCGCGCUGGGUUGGAACGAGAUAGUAGCUGUUCUUCGCAAUCCAGUAUACUUCAUCUUCCUCAUCCUUCUCGCUGUCGGCGCCUACGUAACCUACACUCUCAACCUAUGGGGCCCCAUGGCACGAAUGGCCAACGCUGCAUCGCAGCAAGGUCUUGAAGUUGGUAAGGAGCGUCUUCGUACCUUCCUUGAGAGCUCGGAUACAGGACGCCAGGCUAUGGCUAUGAGCGGUGGUAUGAAUGACACCAGGAGACAAGAGAAUGUCAGGAUGGACAGGCUGAAUGGGGACGGGAAGAAAAGCAAGGCUGAGGAGGAGGAUUUGGAUGACAUUUGAGUGGGUGCUUUGCAGUGGUCUUUUGGGUAGACGCCGUUCAAGGUAGGAUAAGUGAAAAGAAUUGCAUGCCAUUGAUGAGGUUGGGUUUGUGGGUUAUUGAUAGACUCCUA